AUGACAGCAGUCGCCUACACGGACUUCGUGGCUGCUCAGUGUCUGGUGUCCAUCUCCAACCGCACGAGAGCAGCUGACCAGGAAGAGCCCCCUACUACUACUAUUCCCUCUACACCUGCCACCAGCCCCGCCACCGCCGAGCACGGGGGACCCGGGGAAGCCUGGAAGGACUACUGCACCCUGCUGACCAUAGCCAAGAGCCUGCUGGAGUUAAACAAGUACCGGCCCCUGCCCUCCCCGGUCUACAGCGACGAGGAGCUCAGCUCGGACAGUGACGUGACCACAGAGUCCGGCCACAGUUACCACAGCAGUAGCAGCAGCACGACCCCCAGCCGGACGGACUACAGCCCCGAAGCGGGCUCCACACAGCAGCCGCCACGCCCACCCAGCCCGGACACGCCCAGCUCCCCGCCACGCCCCGCCGGCUCCACUAGUGAAAAGAGGCACAGGUGUCCCUAUGCCGGCUGUGGCAAAGUCUAUGGCAAAUCUUCCCACCUUAAAGCCCAUUACAGAGUGCACACAGGUGAACGUCCUUUUCCAUGCACAUGGCCAGACUGCCUUAAAAAGUUCUCUCGAUCUGAUGAGCUGACCCGCCAUUACCGAACCCACACAGGAGAGAAGCAGUUUCGAUGUCCCUUGUGCGAGAGAAGCGGUUCAUGAGGAGUGACCACUUGACCAAGCAUGCCCGCCGCCACACAGAUUUCCAUCCCAGCAUGAUCAAAAGGUCCAAGAGGACCCUAGGUGAUAAGAAUCCUUCAAUUCUAAAUCUUUACAUCCCCAUGCACAGGCCCUGA